GUUCAAGCGAGCUCACGGCCACGCCAAGCUAACGUACCCUCGCCAUCGUUCAGGUCAAGCAGAGAGUGGAAAGACCACGGUCAUCAAAAGUAAACACGCUUCACGUUUAUUCUGUGAUGCAAUCAUCGCUAAUGGUUCGCAAAUAGAUUUCCAGAUCGCGUUCACCCCAAAGGCAUUCAAGAGUCAGCAACAAAGCUGGAAGGCUCUCAUCCAACUCAACCUCGUCAGGUCCAUCCUCGUCAUUUGUGAGACGCUUACAGAUGACCCGAGCGAAUAUGACCUCGAUGUGGAUAGCUUUCUCUCCCUGGACCCCUCAUCCUCACCCGGUUACUCUGUUCGCGAAGCUACCAGCCUGCUUGAAGCGUCUGAAGGGAAUAAAAGAUAUAGCGGUCCUUAUCCAGGGUGA